GGGAUCGGCCUCAUGAUCGCGACUGCGCUGGAGAACAACGGGGCGAUCGUCUACAUUGUCGGUCGGCGGCAGGAAGCUCUUGACCAAGCCGUCAAGGAGCGCAGUAAGCACGGCAACAUGAUCGCGCUGAAAGGCGACAUUACAGACCGUGCAUCAUUGGAAGCUCUCGCAGCGCAGGUGAAGGCGCGUCACGGGUACAUCAAUUUGCUCGUCAACAACGCGGGUGUGCUGAUCGGCAAGCAGCCCAAGCUGCCGACACCCGCUGAGGCUGGCGGUGACAUCACACGCCUACAAGAUGCGCUCUGGGGUGCUGAGAGCUUUGUCACGUUCGGGCAGACAUUCCACGUGAAUGUGUCGGGCGUUUGGUUCUGUACCGUCGCGUUCCUCGAGCUGCUUCAUGCGGGAAAUGCUCGGAGCGAGGAUUAUGGCGUCACAAGCCAGGUGAUCUCGAUCUCGAGCGUCGCGUCAAUCCGCAAGGAUUCGGGUGUGUUCAGUCUCGGGUACACGCUCAGUAAAGCGGCCGUGACGCACCUGGGUAAGAUGAUGGCGCACUACUUGAAGGACUGGCAGAUCAGGAGCAAUGACAUUAUCCCGGGUCUGUUCCCGUCUGGUGUGCACCCCUUCACUUAUUUACCGCUGCAGAGGGCUGGGAACACCGAUGAUAUGGGGGGCCUCGUAAUCUACCUAGCCAGUAAAGCUGGAGCUUACGUUGAUGGAUGCGUGCACCUUAUUGAUGGUGGCCGAAUUCUAACUAUGGCCUCAGUGUACUAG